AUGAGCGAGAAGUGUACAGGUGCUGAGCUUGAAAACACACUGCCAUGGAUAAUUAUACUAUGUAUAGAAGCCUUGGUGAUACUCUUUGGAAAUACCAUCACCAUAUUCGUAUUCUUCAAAAGAAGAUUUCACUUGAGAAAAACUUCUAUUGUCUUGAUUAACCUGUCUGUUGCUGAUUUACUGGUUGGUCUUGGUGUUCUUGGGGACAUCGCGACUGACAUUUGUUCGCUUUCGUUAAGGUGCUGUAAGACUAAAAUUACCUCGAUAGAUAGAUAUUUCCCUCUUGGAGAAUACUCUAGCGCUGCAUCCAUUAAUUUCCUCGUACUCAUUUCUUUGGAGAGGGUCUAUGCGAUAGUUUGGCCAUUUCGCAGCAGAGCAACUUCGACACACACAUACGUAUACGCUGUCUUAGGAGUGUGGCUUCUAUCUGGAACAGCACCUGUCCUUGCCUUGUUGAGCAGUCAAUACAAAAGUCGUCUUAUUAUAACUGGAGUUUAUUUGUGGACUGGAUCGCUCUACAUGUGUGUUUGUCUUAUGGUAAUCGUGGUUGCAUAUUCUGUUAUUUGGUUCUUUUCUAAAAAGAGAGAUCCAAGACUUUCAGAGAGUAGCCACGUACGCAACAAACAUCUUUCAAAGACUCUCUUUAUCGUAACUUCUCUUUCAUUGGUAACUUGGUUGCCCUUCGCCAUUGUGUUCAACUUGAGAUUUAUCAUUAAGAGCAGCAAUACCAUUUCACAGCGAGUUACUCGCUGUCUUCAGCUUGCAAACUCCUUUAUUAACCCGAUUGUUUAUUGCUUUAGAAUGCUGAUGUUUAGAGAAACGCUUAGGGCUACAUUCCUCAAGACAAAAACAACACGACUAACUUUUAGGAAACGCAAGACUUGUACCCAGGCAGAUGCCGUAGUAUUAUCCUCUUUCUCUAACAUAGCUGUAUGUUCUAAUAAAAUCACUCCUCGUGAUUAA